GCCUGAACGUUCACAAGCGGCAAAAGAAGCAUUCAUUCGUGUUUUGAAUCGCGGGAAGUGUACACGAGCUUUGUAGAGCGUGCCGGUUACCGGGUUUAGUAUUUUGUGCGUGUUUUUCAACAAGGUUUGUCUUGAGAUUUUUCGAUGGAAUUUUGCGUGUUUUGUGGCCAAUUUUUGGUAGUGAAAAGAGCAACCUGACAGAAGAGUUUCGAUGAAUUUAUUCGAAGCUUAGCUUGUACCUUUGAUUGAACAGAUCGAGUGAUCGUUGGUAGUGGUAUUGAAAAUAUAUUUUUCAUCGUGUCGUUCAGUUAAAAUAGCUAUAUUUUCGUACAAAAUGGGAAAUGGGAAAUUUAAAAAGAAAAAGAAAGUACCACAAAUUUCCCCGUUGUUGUGCAGUGUUUUCCUCAUCGUUGCAGUGAAGUCGCAACUGUUGUGUGAUCAUCAAGUUCUUGCAGCUGUGGUGGGGCUAUUUUAAAACCCCUAGUUUUGCAACGGAAGUGCAAAGGUGCACAGUGGCGUGUUGGCGGUAUCACAGUGAUCUGAAGCCAAAAAAAAAUAAUAAAAGUUUCACUCUAUUGAAAGAUCGACAGUGUUCAAAGUGUGUGUGUGUACGUGUGAGUGUGUAUGAAAGUUUGGCAAACAAGUGCUAAAAGUUAAAAAUUGAGCCAGUGAAGAGUGAGCAAAAAAAAAGUUAGCUUAACAAAAAAAAAUCUUUUCCAAACAUCGCACAGUGUGAUAAGAAGUGUUUUCACCUGCUGUACAUCCCGUAACUUCCGGCUAGUGCGAAACAACGUAAAGAAUUGUGUUUUUCCCGCUUGCUGGUCUGUCAUCCUGUAUUCAAGCGACAAGCGACGAACCGAGCGACGUACGAUGAAUCUUCGCAGUUGGGGUGCGGUGCAACUUGCACUUGCGUUGGCCAUCGUGCUGGUCGGAACAAUGGUUGAAACACUGCCACAGUCGAGUAUAAGCGUAUCGAAGGAGCAGCGCAACAAACCGGAAGCGGUUGAAAAUCCGGGCGAUGACUACAACGAUGAUUACGAUGAUGACGAGGAUGUGCCAUCGCAGGAAAAGCCGGAGAUCAGUGACAAUGCGCUGCUGGGGACGAAUCUGCUGACCAAGGACUAUAUCGAACAGGCACGGGCAAGCGAACAGGUUACGCUCAAAUGCCAAGUCAGCAAUCCAACAAGUACCACCAUCAUCAUGUGGUACUACAAUCAGAAGACGCUCUUCCAGCACAUGACUAAGCUGACGUCCGAUCCCCGGUAUACGAUUAAUCCGGACUUUUCGCUGCAAAUCGAUAACGUGCAGCUAGCGGACGAAGGUACCUAUUCCUGCCAGGUACUGCCCAACAAAAUGAGUGUCAACAUUGAGCUGCAGUUGUUGACACCUCCACGAGAUGUUCACAUCAUGCACGGUAAUAAGAUCAUCAAUGAUACGAUUGAAGUUCAUCAGCGAGAUCGCAAGUUUAUUCUGCUGUGUUCUGCCGGAGGACAUCCUACGCCAUUGAUCACCUGGUCUUAUCGUGGACGACAUCUGGAUGAGGAAAAUAGCCGUCAGUUUGGCAUUGUGCUGCGUAAGGAGUUUUUGGACAUCCACGAGGUAAAGCCUCAGCAUGCCGGUGACUACGAAUGUAUGGCCCAGAACGGUUUCGGCGAUCCAGUCAGCCGGACUGUGACGGUAAUUGUAAAAGAUGAAUCAUCGGAUGAGCUGGAGGACGAUGAUAUGGAUGCGUCCAAUGUAACUGCACCGCUGGAGAAAGGUAGUCCAAUCAUUCACAAACACACCAGCUACAUUAACAGUGCCAUCGGGGAGAAUGUUGAGGUCGUUUGUCUUUAUGACAGCAAUCCAGCUCCACGCAAAAUCCAGUGGCUUCGGGAUGAUGAGAUUGUUCAGCAAUCAGCUGGCCAGACUACGAUCACGAACGAUCACCACAACCAUCACAACCGUACCCGGCUCACUAUUCGCAAUAUUCAGCAAAAGGACUUGAAGGCGUACUAUUGCAAAAUUGAGAAUGAGCUGGGUGAAGCGAUUUCCAAAACGAUUCUUGGACUGCAACCAGGAGGAGCACAUCUGAUAUACUCCAAUGUCUCCGAUGGAUUGUUGCACACGUGGUGGAAAAUACACAGUAUUCAACAAAUCUCCGAAAUGCAGGUGCUCUACCGAGGAGAAAAUACCAAAUACACACCGGUAACGGCCGAUAUCUCCAGCUACGACCAAAACACUGAUGGAUACACCUGGACGGUUCGCAAAUCGGUCCGACUUCCGGAGGGCGAGUGGUUUGUGACGGCCCGGGCACGCAACACCGAGGGUUGGUCCAGUGCCGAAAGCCUACCGCAUCAGUUCCAGAUCCGUGACGCGAUGGACAACAUUCAGGUCGCUUCGAUCGGUGGUUCCAGUGGUGCCCAUCGGACACUUCCGGCACUAUCGACCGGUGGGCUGGUGCUGUUGCUGUUGCCCUUCGUUAAGUCACUAGUGUAUUAAUAUGUUGUAUAGAGGAUGCAUCGUAACGGCGUGUAUAAGUGAGUGAAUGAGAGCAGAAGAAGAUAGAUAAAGAAAAAGCUUCUAAAAGUAGCAUAAAUAAGUGAAAACCGAACCAAUCCUCCAGUUCUCCCUUUCUUUCCUUUUCCCCCGCCAUUCCCCGCGCAUGAUACACGUAAACCAUUCAGAAUCAGGACGAGGGCAUCAGGAAAAAGCAUUUUUCGACACUUUGAUAGUCUGGUUGUUUGUUCUGAUACUUCAUCAUGAUUUAGAAUAGGGCUCGGAAAAAGGUAUUAACAGCCCCACAUCCUAUCAGCACGUAGAAACCUUGCUUAAAAGCCGAUGAAGUUUAUGUGUGAGUGCGUGUGGGAAAUCACACGUUUUCUUACAUUGAUAUCGAAUGGGAGAUAGCAAUGUGAGUGAUACGAGUUACGCUAACCAAACGGGAAAACGUGUAACUCACCAAGGAACUAUUUAGGGCUAAACAAAGAGAGAGCAGAAGAGAGAGAGAGAGAGAGAGAGAGAGAGAGAGAGAGCAAAAAACAAUUACGUAUGUUACACGAACUUUCCUAUCCCUUAAGACAGCAAAGCAUCAAUUCCCCAAAGUCAGGGAUAUCCCUAUUUCCCAAGGCACCCAAGGCACGCGGAUGAGAAUUCAAAUUUUGAAUGCCGUAACGUAAGGAAGGCAACGUAGAUGCAAAUCAAAGCGAUAUAGUUAUUAUGGUAGGAAAUGUGACGAAUGUGAAGAGGAAGGUGGAUAGUUUAACCAAAAGAAGAAUCUUCAUAACAGUCCCUUAACCCAUUCGCGCCGCUGACACGUACACUACGAUUACCGGUCAUGCCCUUCGUGAUAAGGAUGCGCACGUAUACGUGGCAUGUAGGUGGGUGUCGAGAGCAAGGGUAAACGCACACACCACGUCUGUGUGUGUUGGUUUACCCUUUUUGGCCCCAAUUAACGUUUAAAUCAAAUGCGUUCUAGCGCGUUCCGUCUUAUGUUGUUAGUACGUUCCUUUUCAUGCUUCAUUUGAGUCCUUCCAUUUUGAGAAACAAAACAAAAAAAAACACACAUUUGCCUUUUGUUGUCAGAUAGAUUAAUUUGGAAAAACUGUUCCCCUAUUCGUUUUGCUAAUUAAAACCCCCCGGAAAGGGAGCAGUAUAAACAUUUUAUAAAAAAAAGGUAUUUUAAAUCGAUUAGGAGAGAAAACAACCAACAUUUGCGAGGUAACACUGCAACACUUACAGAACAGCGUAAUGAAAUGCAUAACUUGAUCAAACACAAUAUUAUAACCAAAAUUGCCUUUGGAAGAAAAAAAAAGCUCGAUGUGUCGAUGUAAAACAUGCAGCAAAUCCCAGUUUAAUAUAAAUGCAAACAAACAAACAAACAAAAAACGUUACACAAGUUUGGUUCGGAAAAGAGUAAAACAACAGAAUUGGAAGUAACAAAACAUAUUUGUUUGCGGGAAGUAAAUAACAAACCGGAUUACGAGAUGGUAAAACGGUUAGUUUAUAAAUUGUAUAGAGAAAAUAAUAAUAUUAACAUAAUAUUGCCUUUUUUCCUUCCCAGACCAAAUAAAAGAAGUAGCCUGUCACACUCUCCUAGGAUCCAUUAAAUAUUUUACCUUUUUAUCACUUUUCUUAGAUUAGCUAAACACGUCCCUUACAAAGUUAUUUUCUUGUAAAUGUAGACCAUUAAAAUAGACCAACGUUACUUUCCCAAUUUGGUUCGCCAAACCGCCCAGUGUGUGUUUACUCGCUAGUGUACUACCUUUAAGAUCAACAUUCAUUUCUUGUCCAUUUGUUCCAAUGUUAUAACUUAGCUGAAACGAAUCUUUCUACACUACUUUCUCGCUUUUUCUUUACUGUUGUUUACGUUUUCUUUCCCUUUCCCCCGCAUUACUUCUGUAACUGUAAACACAUAAGUUAAACUUAGUUAAACUAUAAAGUAGUGCUUUAAGCUAUACGUAUAGUAUUUUGAAGGAAAGAUUAAGUCAAAGUUAUGGUAGUAAUGAAGCAUUGUGUACUAUAGAGAAAUGCGAAAAAACAAUGGGAAAAGAGUAUGCAAAAUUGAACAGGAAAGUAGAGAAAGACUAGGAGAAAACAACAACGUGAACGAAACAGCGAAUUAACUCUACAUGUUGGCAAAGCGAAACAAACGAAACAGAGAGUUCUUGUAAAACAGACAUUUACAGUACUUUCAGCGUUCUAGUUUUAGCAUGAUAAGAAAUUCCGUUCCGUUAUUUUAUAAUUUUUUAUCAAAACAGCUGCUCCGGCCUAAAGAAUACAAUAUGGAUAGAUACAUGAAACAUUUUAACUCGCUUACAAUAGAUUCAUUUGUAGACGUUACAUAUAGAUAACGGAACUCGUAACGCAAAAGAUAACGCCAAUCUUAAUCUUCUUAAGAGCAAUUACAAAAAAGCAAACAACAAUAUCAACCUUUUAGAUUUUUGUUAGCAUAAAACUAGCUCAUCUACGUAGUAGAAAUAGUUUCAUCCUUAUGAAAUAACACAACCAAAAUUAGAAUCAAUCUCUCACCUGAGCAGUGUUUGUUUGUUGAUUUGUAUACUUUUUUUGUUUUAUGUUUUUUUAUUUGUCUACGGGCACAACAACAAUUCGCCAUCUAAAUGUUAACCAAUGUAAUGAUUUUUUUUAAUGUGCAACAACAGAAGGUAGUUGCAUCGUAAACAAGUUGUGCUAUAGGUUUGUAACGUAACGAUGAAUCCUAAUCGGUGAAUAAUAAGAGAAGAAAAAAAACACUAUUUAAACGCAGAAGUAUUUGAUAGUGCACUGAACGAUACAAAAAAACCAGAUUAUUAGCGAAAAAUGAAUAUGAAAAAGCAUAAAUAUUGAACAAAACAAAACACAAAACUUCAAUUUGGCAAACUAGCAGACGCAUCGUAAAUUGAAUAAACAAAAAACAUAAACACAGCACACACUAACCCCAAUAUGAGCUAUGUUCUGUACCAUUAAUGAAUGUUAAAUAGAAUUGAUGAAAUUAGAUAUGGGAAAACAAAACUUAACAUGGCGGAUGCGAUGGUGCGAAUAGAACUUUGGUAUUUGGUUUAGCAGUUGAAUAAAUUUUAUGCAGGAACAGAAAAGAUCGUAGCGCAUAAAAACCCUUUCGUGCACAGUGAAACAGUGAAAUGGAAAAUAAAAGGAAAAUAUCGUCGAAACAAUAAA